CUCACCUUCAGGACCCCACGUCGUGGUCUUUGUCCACCUCACCAAUCCUCGUUUUCAUUCUCGAGCAUGCUGUCGUCCACGGAACCUUUGUAGCGCCUAUCUCGGUGCCCUGCGCCCGCCUGCCUUCUGUAGCACCCGAAUAAACCCCGGCUUCGUUCGUCAUGAGCCCGUCACCGCCGAGCGGGAGGGACACGACGGAAGAGUUGAACCGGGAGCGCGAGGAGACGCAGAAGAGCCGCUCGGAUCUGAAGAGGGAGCGCGAUGUCUUCUUGCUGUACGGUUCAGCAUUUCGCAAUUCCCCACGUCUCGAUCAGGACGUAGAGAAGCACGUGCCCCGCCCAUCUUCCGAUUCGACACUGACGGCCCUAUGCCAACUCACCGCGAUUCGACUCGGAUGCCAGCGAUCCAUGAUCUCACUCCUGGACGAUCAUCGCCAGCACAUCCUUGCAGAGGCUACCUGCGACCUGUCUCUUCGCCCUGGAGCUCCUGGGGAUGCCCCCCUCGAUCUGUGGCUUGGCAAUGUGAGCAUCCCGAGAUCGUGGGGAGUAUGUGAAAAGGUACUCGAAUUGGAUCCCCACGAAGCAAUACCAGUCUUUGUCAUGAACAACCCUGCGCAGGAUGACAAGUCUUCUCACCGCGCUUAUGUUCAGAGCCCUCCCGAUAUGCGCUUUGUCGCCAGCGCGGCGCUAGUGAGUCCCUCUGGAGCUCGAGUGGGAAGCCUCAGUGUUUUCGACAACAAACCGCGUCAUGGCCUGUCCGAGACCGAAAUGCGCCUCCUGCAGGAUCUUGCCGUGACCGUUGUUAAUUACCUAAAUCUGUAUACCAUCAAGGAUCGAUAUCGACGCGGGGAACGAUUUACCCGAGGCCUGACCUCUUUUGCCAACGGGGCGUCAGCUUUGCAACCAUUUGGAAAUGCCACUCAGCGCGAUACUGUAGCUCCGCCUGGAAUGCCCUCGAAUGACUCUUCGGUGACUCAAAGGGACGUACCUUCUACAGAAGCUAUGAAGAACGAUCAUUCACCAAGGCAUCUGUCUCCGCCACCAUCGACAGCGUCCCAGCGACCACCUGGACGACAACAUUCGAAGUCGACCUGGGAAGAAUCUGCUCGGCACAGAUCAAUCAGCACUCUCCAGGAUAACAUAUUGCCAAUGGACUCGAAAACCAUGUUCUCGCGUGCUGCCAAUGUUUUGUUGACUUCAAGCGACGUAGACGGAGUCCUCAUCUUGGAUGCUUCAGUUGCAGUAAAUGGACAGCGCCGUACUCCCGCUGGUAACGAAAGUAGUACUGAACCUCCUUCAGAGUCAUACCAUUCGAGAUCCUCCUCCAGUGACGAAGAGGGCAACGAAAGCCCAGGCAGUACUGCAGGGGCUCCAGGUGGGAUACCGCCAAAGAUGUUCUCAUCAUCAAAAAGGUGCCAGGUGCUUGGGGUUGCAACUAACGCAGAGUAUGGAUUCCUCCUUGAAUCAGACCUUGCUCGGCUGUUACACGAACACCCUCGGGGUAAAAUCUUCACCCUAGCCGCUGGAGGCCUACCCUUGAGCUCAACUGAAGAUUCGGCUCUAUCAAGUGCUACUAACUCUGAAAGAAGUAAUUCAGGGGUACCAGUACCUCCGAAGCGCAAGACCAGAACGCGGGCCCAUAAAGGUUCAAAAGCCCUGCAGGGAAUGUUUCCUGGCGCUCGUAGUGUGGCUUUCAUACCUUUUUGGGAUUACGAACGGUCAAGGUGGUUUGCUGGCUGUCUUUGCUGGAGCAACAGCCCAUACCGAUUGCUCUCUGCUUCUGUGGAUCUCGCCUACUUUAAAGUCUUCAGUCACUCCAUCAUGAGGGAACUUUCGCGGCUGGAUGCUAUGGUACUGGGUCAGGCCAAGACAACUUUUGUGGCAUCGAUUUCGCAUGAGCUCCGCUCGCCUUUGCACGGCAUCCUGGGUACAUUGGAGUUUAUGAAUGACACGACUCUCGACUCCUUUCAAACUAGUAUGCUCAAUUCUCUGAAUGCAUGCGGGCAAACCCUCCUUGACACUAUCAACCACGUCAUGGACUACGCUAAAAUCAGCGAAACUAGACGAAAAGUCUCGUCCAGACGACUGAAGGAUGUGAACACAGUCCAACUGACCUCGAAGCCACUCAAAGGUCGUCGAAAAAAAGAUUCUGCAUUCGACUUCAGCAUCGUCACGGAAGAAGUGGUGGAAGCAGUAUUUUCAGGGUCCUCAUACGUUCCGGUGGCGCCUCCGCUAAUGGAAACACCUUCAUCUCCCUCGGGCGAAACGUCGAGCUAUUUUGAUGGACGCAAAAGGUGCUUCAUUGUGCUCGACAUGGUUGGUGAACAGGACUGGAUUUACAACUUCCCGGUUGGCUCUUGGAGACGAAUCGUCAUGAACAUAUUUGGCAAUGCUCUGAAGUACACUCCUUCGGGACACAUCUACGUUUCCCUAAAAGCGAGCGAUUCGACGAAAAUCACAGAUCCUCUCACCACUAUUACUCUCACAAUCAAGGAUACGGGUCCAGGCAUGAGUUCUCUUUUCCUCGCAAAUAGAGCCUUCCAACCAUUUUCCCAGGAGAACCCACAUGCUUCAGGCACGGGAUUAGGACUUAGCAUUGUCAAGCAGAUCAUUGAAACUAAUGGUGGAAAGGUCGAAGUCAGCAGCAGUCCCUCCACCGGCACCAAAUUCACGGUCAAGCUAGCUCUUACUAGGUCGGAAGAUACUGCUCAGCUUGCCACAGUGCAACGUGCACAGUUCCUGUCAUACCUACCGCGGUUAGAAGGCCGACGCAUCUGCAUCCUUCACAAAACGAUCGGACAAAUCGCUAACCAGCCGGAUGUUUCACGGAUAGACGAGGGCCUCAUUCACUUCACUAAAGCUUUGGCAACAACAUUGGAGAAGCAUCUAAAGAUGGACGUUUUCUUAACGUCAAACUGGGAGGGCAACGACACCGAUAUUGUCAUCUGCCCAGAGCUCUCUUUCGAUUAUCUUUCCGCAAUCCGCCGUGGGAGGGUCAAUGACCAGCGGGCGCCAGUGACAAUUUUUGUCGCAAUGGAUGCACUGGAAGCGGCCGUUCUACGUUCCGACGCGCGGAUAUUAAAUCGCGAAUCUGUAGUUGAGAUUAUAACGCAGCCGUGCGGACCGUACAAGCUAGCUUUCACUCUCAACAGAUGUCUUGAUCGCUUCGCCCUCGAUGAGGAAAACCUUCUUCGUUCCAGCCCAUCAAACGCAUCAAACCAUUCAAGUCUCAUCGAAACUGCGGGACUGGAGCCAGUGCCGCUGUCUCUGCCACCGAACGUAUUACCUUCUACUUUCACGUUGCCUGCCGCCGCUUCUUCCACAGCCGGAUUUUUGAUUGUUCAGUCUGCAGGUUCUUCAAUGGACGGGAAAAGUACACGUACACGGCACAUCCUCAUUACGGAUGACAAUUUGAUCAAUCGGAGACUCCUUGUUGCGUUCAUGCAGAAGCAGAACUUCCUAUAUCAAGAAGCCACAAACGGGCUAGAGGCUUUGGAAGCAUACCGGGACCGCGCGCCCAAAUUUGACGUCAUCCUUAUGGAUGUGUCCAUGCCUGUCAUGGACGGGAUGAGCGCCACACGUGCGAUUCGCGAGUACGAACAAACUAACCAUUUACAACGAUGCUGCAUCGUUGCUUUGACAGGUCUGGCAUCCUCAAGUGCCAAGUUGGAGGCACUGAGCUCUGGCAUCGAUCAUUUCAUGACCAAGCCAAUCAACUUCAAGGCGCUAGAAGAGCUUCUUAGGAAGGAAGAAGAUAAGAGGAGACGAACCGCCGGAAAUGCGGUAGCCAAGGACGAGACAGCCCUUGAGCCCCCUGCCGAGGAUGUUGCCAUUCUCUGAGAAUCUCAGCAAUGCGUCAACCAAAUACAUGAUAAAGUUAUUACUAUUUCGAGGAGAACAAUGCCCUUGCUCUCGAAGGACGCUUGAUGCCUUGGCAUCGCUGUAAUCGAGAUAAAAACAUCCUAGGUCGCAUUCUAACGAUCUGCUUCGUCGUCUUCGAGGAGAUAGACAGUGCAACAUGGCCUCGCUACCCUACGCGGACGACAAGGUAUGAUAUUAUUCGGUCCCUGGGCGAAGUAUGCGAACAUAUCAAGUACAAGUACGGAUGUAUGGGUUAAUAAAGGAGGUAAUAUAAUCAUUACAGAGGCAGUACACGCGGCUUAUACAAGAGAAAUGGAGUAUCAAUAAUAUCAUUCUAUCAAAAUACCAGCU